UGAAAUAAAAGUAUAUCCAGAAUAUAAGUUAUCUGAAAGUCAUAGUAAAGGACCAGUAGAUUGGAUUAUCAAAAUUAGAGAUAUACUUAUUAUUGUUAUUGAGGCUAAAAAAGAAGAUAUUAAUCAAGAA